AUGAGGUUAUCAUUUCAUUGCUGUGUUCUAUCCCUUUUCGCCUUUAUUCUUCUUACAGAUGGAAUAAAGUUCCGAUGUGAUUACACAUACAGCUCAGAAAUUAAGGGAUGGCAGAAACACCAUAAAGUGCCAGCAACAUGGAACGAUGCUCGUUUGAUGUGUGCAAUUGAAGGUGGUAUUCUAGCUUCUCCUUCGACAGCGGAGCUCAGUACAUUUAUGGUUGGAUUAGCUAAUACAAGUGAGAUUUUAACCGGACUGCGAGCGACUUUCUCAAGAGGAAGUUAUUAUACCAUUGACGGAAUACCACUUGAUCAGAUUAUUCAAGACCAAACUUUAUUGCAGCUUGAUAACAAAAAUAACAAAGAAAAUUGUCUAGCCUUGCAAACUGAAGGUAAAUUUAUUGAUGUAGAUUGUGAUGAACCUCGUCCUUAUGUAUGCUUCAGAGCUAAAACCGAGGAGGAAAGUGAAGUUGAUGAGUGUGGAACUCCGGAUCCAGAAUACAGCUACGAUAAACGGACAAAAAAAUGUUAUAAACUCCAUACAGUUCCACGAAAUUACCAUCGAGCUCACUUUACCUGCAGCGCUGAAGGCGGUCACCUGGCAAUCAUAAACAGUGAUCAAGAAGCCACUGUUCUUCGCGAGCUUUUUGCUAAAUACCCACCAGCUAGAAUUGUUGGAAACUUCUGGAAAGAUGUAGCAUUCGUUGGGUUUCACAACUGGGGUGAGGGUGGUGAUUGGAGAACUAUUCAUGGUCAAACCCUCAAUGAAGCUGGAUAUGCCAGAUUUUCGCCUGGAGAACCUAACAAUUCAACCACAGGAGAAUAUUGUGGGGCAAUUUAUCGCACGGCUUAUCUAAAUGAUCUGUGGUGUGAAAAUGAAUACGCAUUUAUUUGUGAGAAAAGCAAGAACUAUCCCAGCGUUUGCGACAGUACUGGCUGA